AUGAGUGCAUUAUCAGAUGAUCGUGAUCCAACAGAAGGUGAAGAUGAACGUGAUCGUAAACGAAAAUUAUUUUCAACAAAAACAAAUCCAUCGAAAGAAAAAAGUAGUACAUUAUUAAUUAAUAAUGAAACAAAUGAAGAAUCUUUAACAACUGCACAAGAUUUUAAAAGUCUUUUAAGACCAAAGAAAAAAAAUGGUUUUAAAUUAAUUAAAACAAAAACUAAAGUGACAUCAGAACAAAAAGAAAGACGAUCAAGUUUAAAAGAUGAAAAACGAAAAUCAAAAGCAAAUCGUGAUAGUGUUGCAAGUACAGCUGGUUUAGUUGAACAACUUCGUCUUAUAAUGGGUUUAUCAUUAGAAGAAGCAACUAAACAUAAUCCAUUACAAAAUGAUGAUCUUGCUGUACCACGAUUUUUAGUCGAUUGUAUUAAUAUUAUUGAACAAGCUCAUCCACAAGAUAGUGUUUAUCGACAAGAACCAGUAAAAAUCAAACAACCAGCUGAUCUUGAGAAUGCUUUAAAACAACCAUUAACACCAGUAUUUGCUGUUAGUUUACUUAAACGUUUUCUUAAAGAAUUACCCGAACAAUUAAUACCAACAGAAUUAAAUAGUGCAAUAUUUAAAAUUAUUAAUGAUCCAAAUCCUGAUUUAAAUCGAUUUAUUGAAAUUCGAAAUCUUAUACAAAAAUUUCCUAAAUCAAAUCGAGAUACAAUGCGUUUAUUAUUUCUACAUUUUCAUGAUAUAAUACAUCAAUCACAUACAAUGUCACCAACUCAAACAUCAUCAUCAAAAAGUAGUGAAUCAUCAUUUAUACCUGUUACUAUAGCAACAUUAAUUAAAAGUAAAGAACGUACGAUUAAAUAUUUAAUUCAACAUGCAACAGAUAUUUUCGAACGACCACAAACAUCAUCGACAUCUCGAGUAUCAUUAAUUAAAAAUGUUUCACGUUCUUCACUUCAUUCUGAAACAAUUGAAGAAUUAGAAGCCGAAUUAGUUAAACAAGAAGCAUUAUUAAAUAAAAUGCAUGAAGAAAUGCAAAAAUCUCAACCGUCUUCAUCAACAUAUGGAACAACGACACCAACAAAUAUCGAUAAAGAUAAAGAAGAACAAUUAUGGACUCAACAAAGACUUGUUACAGCACUUAAACGAAAGAUUAAACAAGAAACUCGUCGUUUACAACAGAAUCGUCUCUCAUCAUUUCUUGAACAUUCAGCAUCGACGGCUGCUAGUGUAUCUGUUCCGGAAUCAACUUCAUCUCAUCAACCAGAAGUUAUUUUAAUUGUUAAUAAACGAGAAGAAACAUCAAAAACUCAACAAAUACCUGGAUCAAACGAGGAAAUUCCUAAAGUAUCAACUGUUCCAAUAAGUCCAAAACCUAUUCGACAACGUGAACAAAGUGGUGUCGAAACUGAUGAUGAUGAAUUACUUGGACAAAUACAAAAAAUUUUUGAGAAUAAUGCUGGUAUAGCAGAAGAAGAAUUAUUAAGGGAAAAAAUUACUGAAGCUCGUCUUCUUGCUCGAUUAAAAACAAUUUAUAAAUUAUUUAUGAAUGAAAAAGAAAAUUUAACAAAAUUAGAACAUCUAAUGAAUGAAAAAUCAUCAGAUGUAUCUAUUGUAACUCCAACAACGGCAAUAACAUCAGAAAAUGAUUUAUCAUCUAAUCAAACUGUAGAUAUUUUACAAGAACUAUUAAAUACAAUUAAACAAAAUAAUCAAUUAGAGACGAAAAUCGAAGCAAUUAAACGAAAUAUUGAUAAUGAAAAUGAACGUAUUGAAGAAUUGUGUAUUGAAUUACGUUUUGGAAGAUUGUCUAGCAAAGUUCAUCUUCAAAAUAAUACAAAUUCCUCACAAUCACCAUCAAAUCAAUCUGCUGCUACACUUGUUCAAGUGACUAAAUUAUAA